CUCCUUGCUUCUGCCACACUGGAAGCCUACAACCAUGCUGGGGGCUGUGUGUCUCGCCGUCCUGCUGGGCUACGCCUAUGGAUGCGGGCAGCCGGCAGUGCAACCGGUGUUAGGCUAUCGUGUGGUGGGCGGUGAGGAAGCCACUCCUCACAGCUGGCCGUGGCAGGUCUCACUGCAGUACAAAUACUAUGGUGGCUGGAGCCACACCUGUGGAGGAAUCCUCAUUUCUCCCUGCUGGGUGCUGACAGCUGCACACUGUUACAGCUCGAGCCUGACGUACCGCGUGGUGCUGGGAAAGCACAACCUGUCAGAGGAAGAAGACGGCGAGGUGGUGGCUGAGGUGGAGGACUUCAUUGUGCACGAGGAUUAUGACUCCAUCCUUAUCACCAAUGACAUUGCAUUGAUCAAGUUGUCAGAGCCAGUGGAAGAGAGUGACACCAUCCAGGCUGUCAGCCUGCCACCGAGCGGGCUGGAGCUGGAGAACGGCUACCCGUGCGUGGUCACUGGCUGGGGAACCCUCUGGACUAACGGGCCGCUGGCGGAGGUCUUGCAGCAGGCCGUGCUGCCCGUGGUGGACUACGCAACGUGCUCACAGAGAGACUGGUGGGGCGACCUGGUGACACCUUGCAUGGUGUGUGCUGGUGGUGACGGCCAGGUCGGGGCAUGCAACGGGGAUUCGGGUGGCCCUCUGAACUGCCAACGGAACGACGUGUGGGAGGUGCACGGCAUCGUCAGCUUCGGCUCUGCCUGGGGCUGCAACGUCGCCAAGAAACCAACAGUCUUCACAAGGGUGUCCGCCUACAUCGACUGGAUCAACGAGAAAAUCGGUGAGAACUGAGGAUGCGCAGAGCAGAUCACGUAUGGUGGUGUGCAAUAAAGGGAAACAACCGGC